GUUUCGGAGCGGAGGAGAAUGGCCCAGAGGCCAAAGCUGCGGCUGCGGCGCAGGCGGCGGCUGGACCCGCGGGCACCAUGAGUCUCUGCAGCUUCGUGGUGGCUCUGGCGCUGGGGACGCUCCUCAGCGUGAGCGGGGUGGAAAGGAGCCCCAAGCCCCCUGGGUCGCGCCGGCCCCCCGGCCCCGUCCCGCUGGCGCUCGGAGCGCCCCGACGGCCGCCUGGCCUGCCCUUCCAGCGCCGCCAAUCCCCUGUCUCCGCGCCCCUGCCGCUGCUCUCGGUCCCGGCCCCCGGCCCGGGGCAGCACCGCUUUUCGGGCAGGAGCCGGGACGGGGCUUCGGAGGGCGGACAAUGUUGCUUCCCUGGAGACCCUCGGGACCGCUGCGACUGCAGACAAGGGUCAGUGCGUCUCCGAGGUGGGAAAAAUGAAUUUGAAGGUACUGUGGAAGUGUAUUUCAGAGGAGUCUGGGGAGCGAUCUGCAGCAGCGACUGGGACGAUGGCGCCGCAGCUGUCAUCUGUCGCCAGCUGCACUUCGGGGCCAAAGGGAUGGCCAAGCAGGCCCCAAUGUCUGAACUGGGCCUCGUUCCCAUUCACUGGAGCAGCAUCCACUGCCGAGGGGAUGAAGACAACAUCCUGCUUUGUGAACGAGACACCGCCGGGCCCCCAGGAACGUGUCCGCGGAAGAUGGCAGCUGCAGUCUCAUGCAGCUUUUACCAGGCUCCAGCCUGGACUCCAGUGCGGCUUGUUGGCGGGCGCAGUGUCCACGAAGGCCGAGUGGAACUCUACCACGCGGGGCAGUGGGGCACGGUGUGCGAUGACCAGUGGGACGACGCGGAUGCUGAAGUGGUCUGCCGCCAGCUGGGCCUGAGUGGGGUUGCCAAAGCAUGGCCACGGGCCUAUUUUGGGCAAGGAUCUGGCUCUGUCAUGUUGGACGAAGUACAGUGUACAGGAAAUGAGCUUUCUCUAGAGCAGUGUCCCAAGAGCUCCUGGCAACAGCACAACUGUGACCACCGGGAGGACGCGGGGGUCUCGUGCACUCCUCUGACAGAUGGGGCCCUGAGACUAGCAGGCGGGAAGGGCAAUCAUGAGGGACGGCUGGAGGUACAUUACCGUGGCCGGUGGGGUACCAUCUGUGAUGAUGGGUGGACAGAGAAGAACACCCAGGUGGCUUGUCGGCAGCUGGGAUUUAAAUAUGGCAAACAGGCCUCCAGCCGCCAUUUUGAAGAAGGCCUGGGGCCCAUCUGGUUGGAUGAUGUCAGCUGUUCAGGAAAGGAGACAGCUUUCCUUCAGUGCUCCAGAGGAAGGUGGGGAGAGCAUGACUGUAGUCACCAAGAGGACAUUCAUAUUACUUGCCAUCCAGACAAUGAUGUGAACAGAUUCUCUCUAGGUCUCCCUAUCAGGCUGAUGGAUGGAGAGAACAAGAAAGAGGGACGAGUGGAGAUCUUUGUCAACGGGCAGUGGGGAACAAUCUGUGAUGAUGGAUGGACUGAUAAAGAUGCGACAGUGGUUUGUCGGCAGCUUGGCUACAAGGGUCCUGCCAGAGCCAGAACCAUGGCUUAUUUUGGGGAAGGAAAAGGGCCAAUUCACGCGGACAACGUGAAGUGCACCGGGAGCGAAAGGAACCUCGCUGACUGCAUCAAACAAGAAAUUGGGAGGCACAAUUGUCGUCACAGUGAGGACGCCGGAGUGAUCUGUGACUACUUUGUCAAAAAAGCAUCAGGGCACAGUAAAAAAGAUUCCCUUUCAUCUGUUUGUGGUCUGAGGUUACUGCACCGAAGGCAGAAGAGGAUCAUUGGUGGGAAAAACUCUUUACGGGGCGGCUGGCCCUGGCAGGUGGCCCUGCGGCUGAAGCUGUCCCAUGGAGACCGCAGACUUCUUUGUGGGGCCACGCUCAUCAGCAGCUGCUGGAUACUCACUGCAGCUCACUGUUUCAAGAGGUAUGGUAACAACACUGGGAACUACAUCGUUAGAGUUGGGGAUUAUCACACCCUGGUGCCAGAGGAGUUUGAAGAAGAGCUUGGGAUCCAGCAGAUCGUGAUUCACCGGCAGUACAGGCCGGACAGCAGUGACUAUGACAUCGCCUUGGUGAGGCUGCAGGGACCAGAGGAGCAGUGUGCCACAUUCAACAGCCAUGUUCUGCCUGCCUGCCUGCCUCUCCGACGAGAGAGACCGCAGAGGACUGCACCCAACUGUUAUAUCACUGGGUGGGGAGAUACAGGACAAGCCUACUCGAGGACCCUGCAGCAAGCAGCCAUCCCCUUACUUCCCAAGAGGUUUUGUGAAGACCGUUACCAGAAUCGGUUCACUGGGAGGAUGCUAUGUGCUGGAAGUCUGCAGGAGCAGAACCAUGUGGACAGCUGCCAGGGAGACAGUGGUGGCCCUCUGAUGUGCCAACGGCCUGGAGAAAGCUGGGUUGUGUAUGGAGUCACUUCCUGGGGUUAUGGCUGUGGCGUGAAGGAUUCUCCAGGUGUUUAUACCAAAGUCUCAGCCUUUAUACCCUGGAUAAAAAGUGUCACCAAACUGUGAAGACUUUAGCACAGGAGCUUCAAGAGAAAAGGACCUUGGGAUUUGGUGGCGCUUGAACUUGUGGCCAACCCAUGCAUACUUUUCUGCUUGGUGUUGUGAUUUUCAUUUUUAAGAAACUGAAUGUAAGCUGUAUACUUGUUACUUUUGUUUCAGGAUUCCUGUGCACAAAGAAAUUACUUAGCAUCUAGUUGAGGCAAAUUUUGCGAAAGCCACACAAGGUGUUGGGGGUGUUGGCCCAUCCAGGAAUACCUCCAUUUCAGCACUGACUACCGAAAAUGGCGCGAGUUUUCUAUCUAAUUUGUCUCACCUUGGAAGAGUGAAUUCCCUACCUUGCUAUUUGCCAAUCUGGGCCUUAUUUAUGAUCUCAUCUUUUUCCAUAGCAGUUUCCCCAAGAUGAAAAGGACACCAGGGUUCAGGCCUUAUUUCUGUGUAACCUCAAACAUUUAUUCGGAUUUUGGAAUGACUUUUUAUAUCUGUCAAUCAUCCAGUCUUAGUGUUGAUGUGACUGCCUCAAAGUACAUAAAGUAUUCUGAUUCAAUGGGGAAAACAAUCUGCCCUUCACUUAUUACCCCCAAAUGUGGCAUAACAGAAAAGCUAUCUAUCCCUGAAGGCAGGAAUAUGCAUGUUUCUGACACAGCCUGGCAAGCCCCUUCCUCUGUUAGCGCUCUAAGCUGCCAACCUGCAUUGGUAGAAGGCAUUCCCUAACCUGGGAAUUCCUUAAACCAGUGAAGUCAAACAUCAACAUCCCUAAUAUCCUUCAAGUUAGUAUGUUGUCAAGGAGGCUAAACAUUUCAAGGCCAUUCUGGAUCCUCCCAGUAAUACAGAGAGAAGGGGAAAUGCAUGCAAAGCAGAUCUGUGUGAGCUCACAUUCACAACCUGCAAAAAUGUGAGGGAGGAUCUUGGCCUCGAGACCCACUGU